AUGAAAGUAAGAUCCCCAAGUCUGGACGAAGAGGACUUGUCAGAUAGCCAUCAUCACCAUCAUGAUGAAAACAGUGACGAAAACAUCUCCGAUCAUUCCAAUGAUGGGAAUAAAAGAAUAACGAGGAACGGUAAAAAACGUACAAAAUCAACCACGUCUGAAUUAAGUGAUGAAUCCGAUGACGGGAAACGAGCCAAACAAGAAUCUUCACGAAAAAACAGAAACAGUAUCGGAUCUACUUCACCUUCUCAAAAGAAAAAGCCUACAAGAAGAAUGAUUGAUAAGACAAAAAAGCAAAAACAAGAAGAGGAAAAAAAAGAAUCGGAAGAUGAAGAGGAAUAUGAAGUGGAAACAAUACUGCUUUCAAAGAAAAAGAAAAACAAGAUGCAUUAUCUUGUGAAAUGGAAGGGAUGGAGAAUUGAGGAUAGUACAUGGGAGCCACCUGAAAAUCUCUCCAACAUUCCAGACUUGAUUGAACACUUUGAAAAACAUGUUGCUCCUACUCUUGACAAAAACCACAAUGGAAAUUUUGUUCCAGAGAAAAUUUUAAACUCACGUAAAGUUAAAAACAAAACGGAAUAUCUUGUUCAAUGGAGGGAUUAUCCAGUCAAGACAUGGGAGCCAGACACUUCAUUAAGGCGCAGUCUAAUUUCAAAGUAUAGAUCAGAGAGUGGAAUUCGCUUCCAAAAGAUCACUGGUGGAAAGAGUAUUGCAUCAUCCUCUAAGGAAAGUAGUGACAGUGAAACACAGCAUGACAGUGACCCAGAAAUUCCAGAGCCACCUUCUAAGAAACAGAAAAAUCCAUCACCACCUUUGACCCCUACUUCAUCCUCUUCAUCUACAUCAACACCUACUAGUAGUAGCUCAUCUAAAUCCAAAAAUAUACAGACCAUAUCUGAGAAAGAUCUUGCUGACAUGGAUUUCACCAUUAUAAGCGUCAAAAAGAAAAAUAAUUCAUUCCAAGCAUUUCUGAAAGAUGCACAUUCGGGAACACAAUAUCUUGUUGCAAUCAAAUCUCUUCGUUCUAACGAAAAACAUUUACAAAAAUUAGUGGACUAUUUACUAAGCAAGAUUGUAUUUGAUAGUGGCAAGAAAAAGAAUGAGGAAUAUUGA